AUGUCCACCCCAUCGUCUGAGGACGCUUCUUUCGUCUUCGUUGCGGCUGGAACCUCCCACCCUUCCACCGAGCCCAACUACAGACCGGGAAGCGCCGCGACAUACGCGCACGACUGGUCAAAGCAGGCUACCGGCGGCCAGCUUCACACCCAUGGCAGGCAUUUCAUCGAUGCCUACGGGCGCGUCUGCAGUCUUCGAGGCGUCAAUCUAGGAGGCUCUUGCAAGACUCCCACCAACGACGACAACGCCACCUUCCCAGCUGGGCAUCAAACCGCCACGUUUGUCGGGCGACCGUUUCCCCUAGAGGAGGCCCAGGAGCAUCUCUCGCGACUGAGGCGGUGGGGACUAUCUUUUGUGAGGUUUUUGGUAACUUGGGAAGCAUUAGAGCAUUCGGGACCUGGAAUCUACGACACCGAGUACCUGGCUUAUAUCCGCGCCUUACUCUCCCUUCUCCCGCAAUACGGCAUGACCGCGUUCGUCUCCAUCCACCAGGACGUUUGGUCGCGGUACUCGGGUGGCUCCGGCGCUCCGGCUUGGACAUUGGAGUCUGCUGGUUUUGAUUUAGGCGGAUUAGAGGAAUCUCAGGCUGCUUGGCUGUUAGGCGUCAAAGGUGGCGGGCAUGUCGAGGAAGAACGGGGCUUGUGGCCUUGCGGGUACCAGAAGCUCUCUGCGGCUACUAUGGCAACUUGUUUUUGGGCGGGUGAUACGUUCACGCCUAAGUUACUCGUAGAAGAUCGCCAUGGGAAGCAUGUUCCUGUGCAGCAAUUCCUUCAGAAUGCGUAUAUCGACAUGUCCGUUGAGCUGGCGAAAGCUGUUGGAGAUUUAGACGCGGUCAUCGGAUUUGAGAUGAUGAAUGAACCACAUCGAGGUUACAUCGACCUGAAGUCCCUGCACGAAUUCGACUACAAUACCGAUCUACACCUGUCUUAUGUUCCCUCCGCAUUCCAGUCUUUCCAACUAGGUGCGGGCCAUCCGACGUCGGUCUCUUCAUGGACCCGCUCUUUCCCGAUGCCAACAAGCAAGACGGGCGAGGCGGUACUGAACACAAAACGACGUAAAGCAUGGCGAAAGGAUGGACCUACGUUUGGCGAAUGUGUCUGGGCAAUGCAUGGUGUGUGGGGCUGGGACAAGAACAAGGACGUGGCGGUUGUGUUAAGGGAGAACUACUUUACGAAGCACCCGAUGACAGGCGACAAAAUUGACUGGUAUACCGACUUUUACUACCCAUUCCUGCAAAAGUGGACUAGUCGCAUGCGGGAGCACUCAUCUUCGGAUAAGCUCGCCUUUGUCGAAGCCAUCCCGAACGAGUUUUGUCCACCGUCAUGGACCCCAGAACAUCGAGUGAAGAAUAUGGUCUACGCGCCGCACUGGUACGAUCUCAACGCGUUAUUCCAAAAGGCGUUUGGCGACUUUACCGUCAAUGUACAAGGUCUUUCCAGGGGUAUGUUUCCGCUCAAGGCAUUUUACUGGGGUCAAGAAGGCGCUCGCGAUAACUUCUCGUUGCAGCUACGCAACGUUGUUGAGGGCGGAUAUAAAGCUCUUGGGGAGACUCCGGUUAUGAUCGGUGAAUGCGGGAUUCCAAUGGACAUGAACAAAGGCGAAUCGUUCCAAACUGACGACUUUACCUGGCAGGCGCGAAUGAUGGAUGCGAUGAUAACGGGCCUUGAACGAGCUCUGGUGGGCUUUACGUUGUGGAACUACAAUCCCUUCAACGACGACAAACAUGGAGACCACUGGAACGGGGAGAACUUUUCCUGGUUUAGCCGGCGUCGCGCGUUGCCACCAUCAUUACUCUAUUUCGAGCAGGACGCGCCGUCGCUGGAUCAAGGCGGGCGAAUUCUAUCGGCAGUCGUCAGGCCAUACCCAGCGAAGACUGCCGGAAUUCCGGUGCGAUUCUCGUACGAGAUGACGACAGGGACAUUCGAGUUUGAGUGGGUCGUGCCCAGCGCGAGCACCAGCACUUCGGACUAUUCCCCCUCUGUUUCCUCCCCGCCCCUCUCCGGCCACCCCCAGCUGAAUUCCUAUGAAACCGAAAUCUUCGUGCCCUCGGCUCUCACGCGUGGGAGGAAGGUGCUUGUGCACGGCCUCACGAAGGAGGACCGCUGUCUACACGACGAGGCGCGGCAAACGCUAUUCGUUGUGCCCGCAGACAACUCCCCGGGAAAGCGGUACGCGGUACGAGUGGAGGUCAGCCCGGCAGUGCGGCCACUGUUUGAGCUGAACGACUUUGGGAGCGACUGGGGCGGGACGGUGUUUGCGGUGGUUGUGGUGUUGUUGGCCAUUUUGGGUUAUUGGAUGUUUCGAUAG